GUGUUUUUGGACAUCCAUUCAAUCGAUCUCGCAAUGCCUUUGCUAAAUGAUCCAAGCGUCCCGCUGCUCUCAAAGCAUGCCAUCAUUAUACCCAUUGAAACAGGUUCGCAGUAAAUUUGAUCAUACGUCCACCUAUACCAUGUGCAGAGCAUCAUCAGCUGUGAUAUCAUCUCUGGAACUCCAGCCAUCAGCGCUAUGGACGCUUUCCGAUCAAGAUUCCAACAAUGCAGGAAUGUCCCAAGAAAAAGUUGGCUCGCUUAUGUUCCGUGCCAUUGCUAUCCAAGUCAUAAAUGAUAGAGAAAAUGCAGUAUUGCAACAUAAAGAUGUCAGACGCAUUACCACUCUCACCAAAAAUUCUAUCAUUACCGCCAUUUUGGGCAAAAUUAACCUUCUCUUUGCCGAAGAACAAGCGAUAACCAUCAUUGGCAAUAGAGCAUUGAAUAACCAACUGGUGGAUUUGGCUCAUCGAAUCAGCAACAAACGAGAAAAUGACAAAAAAAAUCGAUCUUAUCAAGAACACCAUGUAUCGUUGAUGUUCUCGCGACAAUAAUAAGUAAAAUGAGUUGAAAGUGAGAAUCUCUUGUUUCGUGGCUCCGAAUCAAUGAUAAGGCCAUUGAGGUCACCUAUUUGCAGUAUUCCUAUCGGUAAAUAAACGCCAUUAUUCGGAUACAACUAGUGAAGAUAGAUAGGGGGAAGUGUAUACUAUAGGGAACUAACUGUUAUGCGGAACGGCGUGUUUGAGAUUCUGGUUGAAAAGAGUGGGGAAGAAAUAAAACAAUCAGCGAACAAUGUCUGGCAGUGGGAAGAGAAACAUACAAAAAGGAGGUGAACAUGUACCAGUCCAAUUUUUUUUUUUGGGAAGACAU